GUGACAAAAAUAAUGAAUAUGUAUGUGUAAUAAAAAUUAUCUUAUUUUUUCUCUGUUAAUAGCGGAUCCUGGCGACAAAGAGAUACGACUCGACAAGAGUAAUUAUGUUAUUUGGGCUCUAGGUCAGUUAGACUCCAACUCAGAGCCAGCAUUCCAUUAUGUUUAUCCGAAAAGUGAUAUACUCAUCGAUUUCAAUACAACAGAGCCAAUAAAUGACUGUUUCAGCUUUACAAAACGUCCAGAAACUCCUGUCCAAGUAUGGGAACGUGUACGUUUAUAUGAUCCCACAUUGCGUGUUUUUAAUGCCUACUUGGGACCUUCCGCUGCCUAA